GCUGGGUCCAGGGAGGAGGCGGGUGUCUGUGGAACCCAUUUCCACGGCGGGGCGGCAGAUUUUCCCGCAAUCCUUCCCAGAUUCAUCCCAGAGACUGGUUGAGGGAACCUGCGUCUGUGGCCAGGAAGCUGCCCGCCCAGGAGAAUUAUUUCUCCACUGGGGUCAUAUUUCCUGAGAUCAGCUCUUGCUUCGGUCUGGGCCGGUUAGCAGAUGGGAACCUUGACUUCUAAAUGUGGUUCCAUUAUUGAGCAAGCAGGGUUCAUCAGUUCACGUCCCGAGCCCCCGUUUUCCCUGUGAAAUGGAGAUAAUCACGUCUGUCGCAUGUGCCUGGGGACACUGAAAGGAACAUGUGAGAACAAGUUAAAAAGUUCUGAGACACUGGGUGGUUCAAGAAUGCCCAGUAACCCUUGGCUUCUUGGAUGAAGAUGGAGCAAAUUGGCUUUGGUGUUCCAGGAAGUUUUCUGAAGGUUGAGCUUGGGAGAGGAUGAGCGGCCCCAGCCAUCGGCAGGUGGGAGGUGUGCAGGCAGAUUCUAUCAUUGUUGGACAACCACACAUCGGUUGUCAUGGCAACCUCAGUGUGGGGCUAUUUUUAUUCAAGCUGAAAAGCAGGUAGGGUGAGUUGGGGAGGGGAAGGGAAGAACCAUCACCCUUUGCUUUAAAACAAAACAAAACUAACACUUUGACUAGUUCAUUUAGAGCAACUAGGUGGGGCUGGAUAGAGGUCUAGAGGCCUGAGAUCCGCUCUCCUCCUGCCUUGCUCCCUCAGCCUGAACUUUAAGUAAUUACCUGGCGAAUAAAGGAAAUGUAGCUCCUUGUGUACAUGAGCUGGAACAGACUGGGGUAGAUUCCUGAUCCAGAACCCUCCACCCAGCGCUGCAAACCCACCGGCGUGUAGUGCAGCUGGGCAGCCUCAGGAAUCUGCAGCUGGCACGGGAUGUCUGGAUGGCAAGGCAGGUCGGAUGUGACAGAUUCUGGCUGUGACUCAGUCACCGACACCGAGGCUGAGGACGAGAAGGCCCUGCCCUACGCGAAGCAGCAGAGCCUGCCGCUGACAACUUCACCUGGGAACCUGAUGGUGGUGCAGCCGGACCGCAUUCGCUGUGGGGCAGAAACCACUGUCUACGUCAUUGUGAGAUGUAAGUUGGAUGAGAGAGUAACGACGGAAGCAGAAUUUUCUCCAGAGGAUUCUCCCUCAAUCAGGGUGGAAGCCAAGCUGGAGAAUGAGUACACCGUUUCCGUGAAGGCUCCUGACCUUUCAUCUGGGAAUGUUUCUCUGAAGAUAUAUUCCGGGGAUUUAGUGGUCUGCGAAGCUGUCAUCAGCUACUACACUGACAUGGAAGAAAUCGGGACUCUGUUGUCCAAUGCCGCGAAUCCUGUGGAAUUCAUGUGUCAGGCCUUUAAAAUUGUGCCCUACAACACGGAGACCCUCGAUAAACUGCUCACAGAGUCCUUGAAGAACAACAUCCCAGCAAGUGGACUGCACCUCUUUGGCGUCAGCCAGCUGGAAGAAGAAGAUAUGAUGACAAAUCAGAGGGAUGAAGAGCUGCCCACCUUAUUGCAUUUUGCUGCAAAAUACGGACUGAAGAACCUCACUGCCCUGCUGCUCACCUGCCCAGGAGCUCUGCAAGCAUACAGUGUGGCCAACAAGCACGGCCACUACCCCAACACCAUUGCCGAGAAGCACGGCUUCAGGGACCUGCGGCAGUUCAUCGAUGAGUAUGUGGAAACUGUGGACAUGCUGAAGAGUCACAUCAAAGAGGAACUGAUGCAAGGGGAGGAGGCUGACGAUGUGUAUGAGUCCAUGGCCCACCUUUCCACAGACCUGCUCAUGAAGUGCUCCCUCAACCCGGGCUGUGACGAGGAGCUGUACGAGUCCAUGGCUGCCUUCGUCCCGGAUGCCUCCGAAGACCUCUAUGUCGAAAUGCUUCAGGCCAGUUCAUCUAACACAAUCUCUGGGGAAGGUUUCUCUCGGACCACUAAGGACUCUAUGAUCCGCAAGUUUUUAGAAGGCAACAACAUGGACAUGGCCAGUUUGGAGAAGGAGCCGUACCCUCUGGAUCCACAAGAUGUUUAUCACACAGUGGAAGACGAUGAGGCCUUUUCCGUGGACCUGGCCAGCAGGCCCCCUGUCCCAGUGCCCAGGCCAGAGGCCGGUGCUUCUGGCACUCACCAGCCACCCGACAAUGAACCAUACAUUUCUAAAGUUUUUGCAGAAAAAAGACAAGAGCGGCCUGGGAAUUUCUAUGUCUCCUCAGACAGCAUCAGAAAAGAGCCUCCCGUCAGACCGUGGAGAGACAGGCCCCAGUCAAGUAUAUACGACCCUUUUGCUGGGAUGAAAACACCAGGCCAGCGGCAGCUCAUUACGCUCCAGGAGCAGGUGAAGCUGGGCAUUGUCAACGUGGACGAAGCUGUGCUCCACUUCAAAGAGUGGCAGCUCAACCAGAAGAAGCGGUCGGAAUCCUUUCGCUUCCAGCAGGAAAAUCUUAAACGGCUAAGAGAUAGCAUCACCCGAAGACAGAGAGAGAAGCAAAAAUCAGGAAAGCAGACAGCCCUGGAGAUCACUGUCCCCAUUCGACACUCACAGAACCUGUCUGGCAAAGUGGAGAUUGGAGUCUACGAGAGUGGCCCUAGGAAAAGCGUCUUCCCCCCACGGACGGAGCUCAGACGAGGAGACUGGAAGACGGACAGUACCUCUAGCACAGCAAGCAGCGCGAGUAACCGCUCCAGCACCCGGAGCCUCCUCAGCGUGAGCAGCGGGAUGGAGGGGGACAAUGAGGAUAAUGAAGUCCCCGAGGUUACCAGGAGUCGUAGUCCAGGCCCCCAGGUGGACGGAACACUCAGCCUACCGUUUGAGAGGCCACCCAGGGUGCCUCCCCGAGCUGCCUCACAGAGGCCUCCGACCAGAGAGAGCUUCCUUCCUCCUCCCCCUGUUCCACGCAGAGGCCGCUGACUGCAGCUCCUGAAGCCUGCCUACGUCAGGACUUGGAGACUAGCAGCUUCCAGCCUGCUCACGACGUCUUCAUGUUGCCUUUCAUGGCGUAACUGCUGACCCUGAGACCCACUCUCAUGCUGAUACUGUUGCGGCCCUGCUGGUUUGGGCUUUCCCUGAAGAAGAUACAAUUAAGGCAUGAAGAAGUGAAAAACUAAGGACUUUAUUCCCCGUCGCCAAGUACAUUGAUUCAUAACCUUGUUUGCCGAAAGGAUGAAGACCUAAUUGGGAUACUUACCUCUAAUUUGAUAUAUCAGAAGCCUGAAAGAUUGAUUAGAAAUGUACUUUACAAGUGAUUUUACUGAAAUGCACGUAUAUUAGGCCUUA